AUGCCUGCUAUUAAAUCUUGGGCCGAAACAAAAAAGGUAAACUAUUUCAAAAUCACUCCACAAUUCCGAUUACCAUAUGCAUUUGUUUUCAGAAAAAAGUCGAAAAUGAUGUUCAAAAUCGAAUGGAAAUCGAGGGUGCCGCCGCCAAAGCCGAAACUUCCAACUCCCAAUUUACGCCUAUGAGAGUUAGUUUGUUUUUCACUCAAAAAAUUGAAAAAUUCGCAAAAAAUUGUAAUAUUUAUAAGAUCUAAAAAUUAUUCAAAAAUUUUCAUAGAAAAAAAGAAUCAGAAAAUUAAUUUUUUGAUUAAUUUUUCAAAUUUCCGAUUUUUGAAAUCAAAAAAUUGAAAAAUUCGCAACAAAUUAUAAUAUUUAUAAGAUCUAUAAAUUAUUCAAAAUUUUCAUAGAAAAAAAGAAUCAGAAAAUUAAUUUUUUGAUUAAUUUUUCAAAUUUCCGAUUUUUGAAAUCAAAAAAUUGAAAAAUUCGCAAAAAAUUAUAAUAUUUAUAAGAUCUAUAAAUUAUUCAAAAAUUUUCAUAGAAAAAAAGAAUCAGAAAAUUAAUUUUUUGAUUAAUUUUUCAAAUUUCCGAUUUUUGAAUCAAAAAUGAACAUUUUUUUGCAGAUUCCCUUGAAAAGAAACGCGAAAGCAAACUUGAAGUAUUCAAAAGCUGGAAUUGAAAUAUUGGACGUGAAAGAAAGAAGAAAUGAACAUAUUGAGGAAGAUGAGGAGAAAAUUGUUGAAAAUGAUGAUAUUUUGCCCGCAAGAGUUUUGAUUGAAGAAGAUAAACAAGCGGAAGAAGUACAAUUUGCAAAUAAUGAAAAUGAAGUUGUUGAAGAUUGUAGCGAGUCAAGUUCUUCGAAAACUUUGGUGUCUAAAAACGGCGAGUAUCUUCCAGUACAAUUAACGAAUGCAGUGUUUUGGGAUGUUGAAAAUGAUAAACCUUUGAUGCGAGAUGAAUAUGAGGUGAUUAACAAUUCUGUUUAAAUCCUGAAGAGAGAUAAAAAACUAAUUUCUUGCAGAAUAAUUUCAAAAAGGUGACGAAUCAUAUGAAACCUAUCAGCGUCGAACAAUAUUUGGAAAUGGCUGAUGCUGAGACUGAAAAGCCUAUGAAAAAUAUUUAUAAACAAUUUGCUUUUCAAACAGCUCUGGUAGCCAUCAAUAUAAGUUCAAUAUCAUAAACCCUAAAGCAUAUUUUCAGUUCAACUACACCGUACAUCGCAACCGACAAAUCGCAACAGGGUCAACUCCUAGAAGUACGAAAAUGAAGCAGGUGAGAGUGUUUUGGGGAUUAGAGCAUAGGUCUAAGAUACCGUCCAAGCGAAAAAGAAGCCUACGCGAAAGCGCAUCCGAAUUUUUCAAUCAAAAAACUGAAAAAUUCGUUUAAAAAUAUAAUAUUUAUAGGAUCUAAAAAUUAUUCACAAAUUUUCAUAGAAAAUUAAGAAUGAGAAAAUUAAUUCCUAAAACAAAAAAUUGAACAAUUCUUUUGAAAAUAUAAUAUUUAUAGGAUCUAAAAAUUAAUCAAAAAUUUCCAUAGAACAAAGAAUGAGAAAAUGAAUUUUUUGAUUAAUUUUUCAAAAUUUCGAAUUUUUCAAUCAAAAAAUUGAACAAUUCUUUUGAAAAUAUAAUAUUUAUAGGAUCUAAAAAUUAAUCAAAAAUUAUCAUAGAACAAAGAAUGAGAAAAUGAAUUUUUUGAUUAAUUUUUCAAAAUUUCGAAUUUUUCAAUCAAAAAAUUGAACAAUUCUUUUGAAAAUAUAAUAUUUAUAGGAUCUAAAAAUUAAUCAAAAAUUUCCAUAGAACAAAGAAUGAGAAAAUGAAUUUUUUGAUUAAUUUUUCAAAAUUUCGAAUUUUUCAAUCAAAAAAUUGAACAAUUCUUUUGAAAAUAUAAUAUUUAUAGGAUCUAAAAAUUAAUCAAAAAUUAUCAUAGAACAAAGAAUGAGAAAAUGAAUUUUUUGAUUAAUUUUUCAAAAUUUCGAAUUUUUCAAUCAAAAAAUUGAACAAUUCUUUUGAAAAUAUAAUAUUUAUAGGAUCUAAAAAUUAAUCAAAAAUUUUCAUAGAACAAAGAAUGAGAAAAUGAAUUUUUUGAUUAAUUUUUCAAAAUUUCGAAUUUUUCAAUCAAAAAAUUGAAAAAUUCUUUUAAAAAUAUAAUAUUUAUAGGAUCUAAAAAUUAAUCAAACAUUUAAAAAAAAAGAAUGAGAAAAUUAAUUUUUUGAUUAAUUUUUCAAAAUUUCGAAUUUUUCAAUCAAAAAAUUGAAAAAUUCUUUUAAAAAUAUAAUAUUUAUAGGAUCUAAAAAUUAAUCAAACAUUUAAAAAAAAAAGAAUGAGAAAAUUAAUUUUUUGAUUAAUUUUUCAAAAUUUCGAAUUUUUCAAUCAAAAAAUUGAAAAAUUCUUUUAAAAAUAUAAUAUUUAUAGGAUCUAAAAAUUAAUCAAACAUUUAAAAAAAAAAGAAUGAGAAAAUUAAUUUUUUGAUUAAUUUUUCAAAUUUUCAAACUAUGAAAUCAAAAAAUUGAAAAAUUCUUUUAAAAAUAUAAUAUUUAUAGGAUCUAAAAAUUAAUCAAACAUUUUUUUUUAAAAAAAGAAUCAGAAAAUUAAUUCCUAAUUUAUAUUUCAAAUUUUCAAACUAUGAAAUCAAAAAAUUGAAAAAUUCUUUUAAAAAUAUAAUAUUUAUAGGAUCUAAAAAUUAAUCAAACAUUUUUUUUUAAAAAAAGAAUCAGAAAAUUAAUUCCUAAUUUAUAUUUCAAAUUUUCAAACUAUGAAAUCAAAAAAUUGAAAAAUUCUUUUAAAAAUAUAAUAUUUAUAGGAUCUAAAAAUUAAUCAAAAAUUUCCAUAGAACAAAGAAUGAGAAAAUGAAUUUUUUGAUUAAUUUUUCAAAAUUUCGAAUUUUUCAAUCAAAAAAUUGAACAAUUCUUUUGAAAAUAUAAUAUUUAUAGGAUCUAAAAAUUAAUCAAACAUUUAAAAAAAAAGAAUGAGAAAAUUAAUUUUUUGAUUAAUUUUUCAAAUUUUCAAACUAUGAAAUCAAAAAAUUGAAAAAUUCUUUUAAAAAUAUAAUAUUUAUAGGAUCUAAAAAUUAAUCAAACAUUUUUUUUUAAAAAAAGAAUCAGAAAAUUAAUUCCUAAUUUAUAUUUCAAAUUUUCAAACUAUGAAAUCAAAAAAUUGAAAAAUUCUUUUAAAAAUAUAAUAUUUAUAGGAUCUAAAAAUUAAUGUAACAUUUUUAUUUAAAAAAAAAAGAAUCAGAAAACUAAGUUUUUGAUUACUUUUUCAAAUUUUCGAAUUUUUCAAUCAAAAAUUAACUUUUUUUUUUGAAUCGCAGGCCAAGUAUACAUUUAUGUAUACCGGAAAUGAUGAAGUGAUUGUGGUGACACCGGUUAUGAAAAUCGCUGUCAAUAUUUUUCCUGUCCUUGUUCACAAGAAAUGGGACAAUUAUUUUGCAUCAAAGUUCACAAAACUUCAAAAAGAUGUCAUUUAUGAUAUUUUGGAUGAGGUAAACUUCAAUUUAUUUCAAACGAAAACUGGACACAUUAUUUCAGGUUGACCAACAUGAUGAUUAUCAUCUUAUUUUUACUGGACCGGUUGUUCACGAAUCAACAGCAACAUAUUGUCCAUAUGCAAAUGAUUAUACGAAUACAAUGACCGGUAAUUAUUUUUGAAAAUAUUUUCUCACAAAAUGAAAUGUGUUUUCAGAAGUAUUUUUGGAUGCUUGUCCCUGUAGAUUCUCUUCAGAAGAAGAAAAGAAACAACAUCGGGAUGAAAUAAAAAUUGCUGUAAACACGUUCACUUCAUCGUAUUAGUGAGUUUUUUUGGGUCAGUAUUAAUCAAAUUUUUUAAAUGAUACUUCCAAACUCCAAAAGUGCAAAACAUUCGAAAAUCAUACUUUGAAAAAAAGUUACAUUAGUUGAAAUGUUUCAAAAUUCACCUUCAAAUAUUUCCAGUCAAAAAAAACGAGAUGAUGCGAUUGAAAAGGAUAAAGAAAAGCAGAGAGAAAUUGAUGAGAUGUUGAUUAGUGUGAAAGGAGAAGCUGCCGGGAAAAAAAAGAUGGAUAGAUUGAGAAAACGACGAACUGUUAUGGGUGAACCGGAUGAGUUUUGA